AUGGGGGAGGAGUGGAAGGAGGAGGAGAGGCAAGUGGAUGCAGAGGAGGCAAGAGAGGGAGGGAAUCAGAUCGCUCUCCCUGACUUUAACGCCGGGGCGAUGGAGAACUGGGGUCUGGUGACCUACAGAGAGACGGCCCUGCUGUUCGACCCCUUCAUGUCCUCUAAUGGAAACAAAGAGACAGUCACCAGCGUCAUCUCACAUGAACUCGCUCACAUGUGGUUUGGCAACCUUGUGACUCUGCAGUGGUGGAACGACCUCUGGCUGAACGAGGGCUUCGCGUCGUACGUUGAAUACCUCGGGGCGGACUACGCAGAGCCCACCUGGAACAUUAAAGAUCACAUCGUCCUGUAUGAUGUCCAAAAAGUGUUCGCUGUGGACGCUCUCGCCUCCUCUCACCCUCUGUCCCGCAGAGAAGAGGAGGUCAACACCCCGGCUCAGAUCAGUGAGAUGUUCAACACCAUCUCCUACAGCAAGGGAGCCGCGGUGCUCAGGAUGCUCUCAGAGUUUCUCACUGAGCCGGUGUUCGCCAAAGGACUCAGUUCUUACCUGAACACGUUUGCCUUCAGCAACACGAUGUACACAGACCUGUGGGACCAUCUGCAGCAGGCAGUUGAAAACACACCCGGUAUCGUUAUUCCUCACACCGUCCACGACAUUAUGAACCGCUGGACUCUUCAGAUGGGCUUCCCAGUCGUCACCAUCGACACUCAGACAGGAAGUGUUACCCAGAAGCACUUCCUGGUGGAUCCUGACUCUGUGGUGGAGAGACCCUCUCAGUUCAGUUACACAUGGUUUGUCCCCAUUAAAUGGAUGAAGACAGGCGUAGAGCAACAGCAGUACUGGCUCCUUCAAAAGACAGACACCCAUGAGAUGAUGCGAGUUUCAGGAGAGGACUGGGUUCUGGCCAACACUAAUGUUUCCGGGUACUUUAGGGUCAACUAUGAUUCGGAAAACUGGGAUCGUCUCCUCACCUUGCUCAACACCAACCAUCAGGUGAGCCAAAACCCAUACUUCAAGCGACAAGUCGAACCAUUGUUUGAGUACUUCAAGAUGAUUACAGCUAACUGGACCAAAGUACCAACAGGACACACUGACCAGUAUAAUGAGAUCAAUGCUAUUGGAAUGGCAUGCACUAUGGGGGUGAAGGGCUGCAGGGAGCUAAUCCAAAGUUGGUUUGGAGAGUGGAUGGAAAAUCCACAAUUAAACCCGAUCCAUCCCAACCUGAAGAGCACAGUUUACUGCCAUGCUAUAGCUCUUGGAGGUGUGGAGGAGUGGAACUUUGCCUGGGAAAUGUUCAAAAACGCCACUUUAGCAUCUGAAGCCACCAGACUCCGAGCCGCCAUGUCCUGCACCAAAGCACCCUGGCUUUUAAACAGGUAUCUGGAGUACACCUUAGACACAACGAAAAUCCGCAAGCAGGACGCCACCUCGACCAUCCGGAGCAUCGCAGGAAACGUGGUGGGGAUGCCGCUCGCCUGGAACUUCGUCAGAGGGAGAUGGAGCUACCUUUUCAACACGUACGGAAAAGGAUCUUUUUCCUUCUCUAACCUCAUCACCGGCAUCACCAGGAGGUUCUCCACUGAGUUUGAGUUACAGGAGCUGAGGAAAUUUAAAGAAGACAACCUCCAUGUUGGAUUUGGCUCGGCCACCUUGGCGUUGGAGCAGGCGAUCGAGAAAACCACGGCCAACAUCAAAUGGGUGACGGAGAAUAAAGCUCCUGUGAUGAAGUGGUGUACAGAGGAGUCAUCAAAAUGACACACAGGGACACGCAAUGAAUGAUAAUCACUAUAAUCAUCUUUUUCUUUGUAACUGUUGCGCAAAAAAAGGAGAAUUACGUCACCGGUCAUCCACGUCAGUGCUGGAGAAAACACAUCAUUAUAUAUCAGAGCUGGAAAUAGAUACACACUUGCACCUCUAGUGUGUGAUUGUCAGAGAAAAAGGUAUUUAAUACAUUUACACGGGAAAAACGGAUAUAUUGACUUUAAUUAAAUGUAUUAUGUCAACAGAGU